AUGUGUGAUUGUCUGGCAGGUAUCCUGGAGAUCAGGACAGUGUCUGAGGGGGGCAUACUGGCUAUCAAAGGCGUGAAGAGUCAGUAUUAUAUCUCUAUGAACAGGACUGGACAUCUGCAAGGCAAGAGGAUCUACAAUGAAACCUGCAACUUCAAGGAGGUUUUCCUAGAAAACUACUUCAAUGCUUACUCCUCUGUAAAGAGGACUAAUAACGGCAAAGAAAUGUUCAUAGCCUUGUCUCAGAAGGGAAAACCAGUGCGAGGGAAGAAGACCAGGAGGGAGCACAUAGCAUCCCACUUUAUCCCUAUGAAGUGCAGAGAGGAGGAAAGGAGGGUGGACUAAAAAACCAUGGGUCGCAAAUUGUGUAUUAUUUCAAUCACAUAUUAUAUAUGUUAACAGAGACAUAUUAACACAUUACCAACAUCAUGCUCCACUCUCCAUGUGUAGAUUUAUUAUGUUAUGUUCAUAAUUUCAGAUGGGCACAUUAAACUACUCCAAACAUCCUCAAAUAAGAUUCUGAAACAAUACUGAAAUAUUUGAAAUAGCUUCACCUGUUGCACAGACUGUAAAACCAACAAAAAGUCUACUCAAUAUUCUUAUUAUUUUAAGUUAAAUAUUAUAUUUACUUAUAAAACAGUUAAGUAUUUUCUUAUAAAACAGUAAAGUGUAUUACACACAGUCGGGACUGUAUCCUUUUCCAAAGAUGACACCCAUCCAGAUGAGGAGACCUGUAUGAUCAACAGAAAGGUCCAGAAUAGAGAUUUGGCUUGACAAAGAUGUGCUGAAGCAAGCUGGACUUGUCUUUUUUAAUGGUACAAUUGUCCAGAGCACACAUAACUGAGGCACAAUGAAUUACAAUAGCAUGUUCAGUAAAACUAAAGUGUGUGAAUGACCUGUGAAUCAUC